AUGGCGCCGCGAUGGGAUAAACUUUGGGGAGCGGGAAGGGGGGGGUUGUGGCGGCGGGGCGCGGAGGGAGGGGGUGGAUCACAGCGGCCGCGCCCCCGGCGGGAUCGUCUCGCCUGGAUCGCGGCGCUUUGGGAUCUUGCCGGGAUCUCCCGCCGCCGGGAUCCGCCCGGCCCCGCCCCGGGGAGAGCGGCCGGGAUCCGCUUGGAGCGGGAUCCGCUUGGUGCUGGAUCCCGUGGGAUCUCCCCGGAGCGGGAUCCGCUCGGUGCCGAGCCCGGGCAGCGGGUGCCGGUGUCGGGCUGGCCUGGCGGGCACGAGUGCGCUCCCAGCGCUGGGAGAGCCGCUGGAUCCCGGCUGAUCCGCUCAGAGCGGGAAAAACUUGGGGUGUGGAUCCACAAGGUGUGGAUCUACACCGGGGUGUGGGAUGCUCCGCUGGGACCCGAGGGCUGGCUGGGGGAGCCGCCGUCGCGCCAGGACGAGGCCGUGCUGCGGGCGCUGGACGCGGGGCUGGAGCGCUGCCUGGCGCUGCACUCGGCCGUGCAGUGCAUCCCGGUGCCCCGGCACAGGAAGCUCUCGGGCAAGGCGGGCAUUGAUGAGGUGAUGGCAGCUGCGGUGCUCACCAGCCUCUCCGCCAGCCCCCUGGUGCUCGGGCACCCACCAGCCACUCAUGCCACAGAGCCUGGCAGCGAGGUCUGGAAGGAGGCUCCUGCCAUGUCCUCCAGCUGCAGCAGCAGCAGCAACGCCAGCGGGGACUGGAGCUGGGACCCCUCCAGCGACCGAUCCACCCCCUCCACCCCCUCACCCCCCCUCUCCAGCCACGUCCCCAGCACCUUCCUGCCUGGCCCGCUCCCAGAUGAGGGCCCUGAUGAGCCCGACGGCACCCACUUCGUCUUUGGAGAGCCCACCCCACGGAAGAGGAAGAACUCCACCAAGGUGAUGUUCAAGUGCUUGUGGAAGAGCUGCGGCAAAGUCCUCAGCAGCUCCUCAGGGAUGCAGAAGCACAUCCGAACCAUGCACCUUGGCCGGAAGGCCGACCUGGAGCAGAGCGAUGGCGAGGAGGAUUUCUACUACACGGAGCUGGACGUAGACAUGGAGGCACUGACGGACGGGCUCUCCAGCCUCACCCCCGUGUCUCCCACCUCCUCGGUGCCCCCUGCCUUCCCUGGCCCCGAGGCUCCUCUGCCACCAGCCCUGCCCAUCCUGGAGCUGGCCCUGGCCUCCCCCUGCAGCCCCCCGGGGCCCCCCGGCCGCUGCCACGUCCACACCGACCACGCGUACCAGGGCUGCCGGACCCCCCCACGGCCACCCGUGUCCCCCACUGUCCCCACCCCACCACCACCCAAGCCACCGGCCGUGCCCAGGCGGCCGCGGGGCGAGGCCAAGAAGUGCCGCAAGGUGUACGGCAUGGAGCACCGGGAGAUGUGGUGCACGGCGUGCCGCUGGAAGAAGGCGUGCCAGCGCUUCCUCGACUGACGACGGAGCCCCGCCGCUCCCUCCUUCUUGCACAUUUUGCACUCGAGGUGCCUUCGCGCCCCCCCGGCCGCCCCCCGGACUCAGGGAACGGC